AUGCCUUACUCGCUGUGUGUUCUGGGUUGUGGGACCAUGGGCGUUGCCAUCUUAUCGGGAGUAAUCGAAUCGCUCAAAAAACCGCAGGACGUCCAACCAUCGUCGUCAGGCCCGCAAACCCCAUCGGCUGAACCUGACGCUGAUGUAGAUGUGCCCCCGGAGGACUCCAUCCCCAACCGUUUUAUCACGUGCGUUUCGCGACCUGAAUCAGCCCGGAAGUUGAAAAAGCGUUGGCUAGAGCUAGGUAGAGAAGAUAUUGAAGUUCGGGUCUCUGAAAAUGUUCGCGGAGUGGCCGAAUCCGAUGUGAUAAUUCUCGGCUGCAAACCCCAGAUGGCCGGGGAUGUUUUGGGUGCACCCGGCAUGCAGGAAGCAUUGUCUAACAAACUGCUGAUUUCCAUCCUGGCCGGUACGACCACAAGUCAGCUUCGAUCACUCGUACCGUCCAGUACUCGCGUAGUCAGAGCAAUGCCAAACACUCCGUGUCAAAUCCGAGAAGGAAUGACGAUCUUGUCAGCUCUAUCCCCGGAUUGUCCAUUUACUUCUCAAACUCGGGCAAUCCUUCUCGCAUUGUUUACGCCCAUUAGUCGCUGUCGGUUUUUGGACGAGAAACACUUUGAUGCCUGCACAGCUGUUUCUGCCUCCGGACCGGCUUUCUCAUUGGUAAUACUAGAAGCAAUCGCCGAUGGAGGAGUCAUGAUGGGUCUCCCCAGGGCUGAGGCAUUGGAAUUAGCUGCUCAAGCCAUGCAAGGCGCGGCACGAAUGUCGCUACAAACAGGCUUACAUCCGGCUGCCCUGAAGGACAGCGUGACAACCCCUGCUGGUUGUACCAUUGCGGGCCUGUUGGCAAUGGAGGAUGGACGCAUUCGUAGCACAAUAGCUAGGGCAAUCCAAACUGCCACAUUACACGCCGCUGGCUUGGGAGGUGCCCCUAAACCACCCCUCAAGGACUGA